AUGUCUCCAAGCCCAGGCAGCUCCGAUCUCCCACCAAACGAACUUUCGCCUCUGACACAACAACGUUCCUACUCCUCUCGUCACAGCUACCACCGCCCCUCCUGCCAAAACCUCCAGAGCCAUGACAACGCCGAAUGUGACCAUGGCUCGCUGUCUCCACAUGCCAGUCCCCCCUCUAGUCCGCGACUACGAGCGCAUCAUUCAACGGGCUCUGUCCCCACCAGGGGUGGUGGUGGCGCCCAUGAUGGGCCGCCACAGCUUCGCGAACAGGGCUACGGGGGCAUGAGCGCCGCGAGAAAAGAUCUUCGGCAUAAACUUCUCGGCGACGCUCUGGCGGAGGGCUUACUGGGCGACGGUGUGGAGGAUUCGUCGGAGACACAGCCACUACUUGACUCCUCUACCUCUUCUGCAGAUCAGAAUGGCAAUGUCAAAGGAGGAAAUAGCGGUAAUGUCUACAAGUCUACGACCCAGGAGCUGGCGGAACGGCAUAAUGUGCAAGGCAGGCGGAAAAUGUACUUGACGUACUAUCUCCCCAUCUUCAAUUGGCUGCCGCAGUAUAGCUGGCGAUUCUUGCAGGGAGACGUUGUGGCGGCGCUGACGAUGGCGAGUUUUUACAUUCCGAUGGCGUUGAGCUAUGCCGAGAAUCUGGGGCAUUUACCGCCGAUUAAUGGGUUGUAUUCUUUCGUGUUCAAUCCUUUUAUAUAUGCGCUACUUGGGACGUGUCCACGGAUGGUGGUAGGUCCUGAGGCAGCGGGGAGUCUGUUGGUCGGCACGGUGGUUAGGAUGAGUGUGGACAAAGGUGCUACUGGAGAGGCUGAUGGAGAGAUGAAUGCGAGGGUCGCAGGGGUGGUGACUGGGAUGGCGGGGGCAGUCAUUCUCAUCGCGGGGUUGACGAGGUUGGGAUUCUUGGACAGUGUGCUGAGUAGGCCAUUUUUGAGAGGGUUCAUUAGUGCGAUCGGCUUUGUGAUCUUCGUGGACCAGUUGAUCCCGGAGAUGGGAUUAGGGGAGAGGACACACCAUGCUGGCGGUGUUGCGCAUGGGAGUAGUGCUGCGAAGGUGGCUUUCUUGGUACAGAAUGUCAGGUUUGCUCAUGGAGCUACAUGUGCUGUAUCUGCGGUGAGUUUUGUCAUCAUUAUGGUUGCCAGGGAGUUGAAGAAGCGCUUACAGCCCAAAUAUCCAAAAGUGGCGUACAUACCGGAUCGAUUCGUGAUAGUCGUCCUUUCUGCAGUCUUUGCAUGGCGAUUCGACUGGCAAGGGAAAGGCAUUGAUAUCCUGGGCACGAUUAAGUCACACUCUGGCUCGCCAUUUCCUUUUCGCUUUCCCUUCAUCCCAUCGCACAUGAGUCACAUUAGGGAAGCAAUGGGUACCAGCUUCUUGAUCGCCCUACUCGGCUUCUUUGAGUCUUCUGUUGCCGCAAAAAGCUUAGGAGGAGGCGAGGGACGGCAAGGCGAAGGUAUCCAGGGCAUGUCACUCAGUGCGAACCGCGAGCUGGUAGCUCUGGGCGUCGCGAACGUCGUGGGUGGUUGCUUCAUGGCCUUGCCAGCUUUCGGUGGUUAUGGAAGGAGUAAAGUCAACUCAUCAACAGGUGGGAAAACAGGCAUGAGCAGCAUCUUAUUAAGUAUCAUCACUGCACUUUGUGUACUUUUCCUCCUGCCCUAUUUCUACUAUCUACCAAAAGCUGUAUUAUCAGCGAUGAUAUCCGUCGUGGCCUACUCGUUGAUUGAAGAGGCGCCCCACGACAUUAUAUUCUUCAUCAAGAUUCGAGGCUGGAUGGAGCUCCUUCUGAUGUCCUUGAUCUUUAUCUCGACUUUCUUCUAUUCGCUCGGCGUUGGCAUUGCCCUUGGAAUUGGACUUUCCAUUUUGCAGGUCAUCCGUCAUUCGACAAAGCCUCGCAUUCAAAUCUUAGGGAAAGUUCCUGGCAGUACAGAUCAAUUCGAGAAUGCAGAGCUGAGCCCAGAAACGCUUGAGUUUAUCGAAGGCUGUCUGAUCGUCAAGAUCCCGGAGCCAUUGACGUUUGCCAACACUGGCGAUUUGAAAAGUAGGUUAAGACGAUUGGAGUUGUAUGGCACAAAUGCAGCUCAUCCUGCAUUGCCUCGUGUUCGGGCUCCUGAGCACAACAGCAACAUCAUCUUCGAUGUCCAUGGUGUGACUUCCAUCGACGGCUCAGGUACCCAAGUGUUGGCAGAGAUCAUCGAUAGUUAUGUUAGCAGGCGAGUUCGUGUCUUUUUCUGUAGGGUUCCAGCACAAAGCAGCCAGGUCUAUACCAUGUUCGAGAAGAGUGGCAUUGUGGAAAGAUCGGGUGGUCCAAGGCACUUCGUGAAGAGUGUCGAUGAAGCCUUGAAGAUGUCGGAGCUUGAAAGCAACACAGAGUACUACAGAGACAAUGAAGCUAUCGCGAACGCGAGCAAUGCUGUUCUUCGGUCGCUUGACCCCGCACCAGUCCUCCAUUUCACACUCAAUAGAAGAGGCGGGCCAUUUUCGCCUACAAAUUCAUCUUCUGACAUUGUCGAUCUCAGCUACCUGCAGAAAGAGCUGGAGAAGGUAAAGAGUCGCUUUAGUCUAACGAAGAGGGAAGUAAAAGGUAAUCGUCUGGUCAGGAAGGCCAAAACCAACGCAGCUGGUGGACGAGAAGAUGGAGCGCUCAUGGGACAGGUUGCUGAAAAUGGUACUUGGCAUGCUAUGUUCAGCAUAGGCGAUCCGUCACAGGUCAUUGAGGUGGAUCUGAACAUGCUAGUAUCUGACUUCUAUGUUAUUACGACGACCAGUAAAGGUGGCAGCAUGUUUGAGGACUUCUUCUCUAAAUCGUACACGAAGUCGGAUCAGCGUCCAUACCCAAUGUGCAGUCUACCCACUGAUAACUUCCAACUGCCUACGAUCAAUAGAUCGGUUCCAGUCUCCUUCACUCAUUGUCGGCCUCGAAAAAGCUCCCGAAAUACUCUGGGGCCAUCUGGUGGUGUGCUUGGUCUGGCCCCUUCGGAGCAUUUGAGUCAGACUAAAUCUACUCCAAUCCUGAAACAGCUCGUAGAGUCCAAAGUAGUGGAGCGCCCCGUCUUCUCGUUGACGCUCAUCAACAAUCAUCAAGGGGUUCUCAGCGUAGGUGGAACCGCCGCAAGGGCGGUAGAGCUGGCCGAAGAGCAGACUAAAACCAAUCUUGACAAGAUCGGUGCCUCGACGCUUAAUGAUGAUGUCCUAGAAGAAGAAAAGCCCACAUUGCUCAAACGUGGACAAACCAUGAAGCAACACGACGAGCUAAGACCUGAAUUGGAACAAGGUUGGGCUUGGAGCAAAACACAUGGGGCUGAAGGAUGGUGGCAGAUUCUCAUGCAAGCAGUUUGGGUCGACGGUUUCAAAAUUCUCCAGAACCAAGCACUAGUCGUCGACAUCAACAGCCCAUUCAUACUCGCCCCACCAAUAGCGGCCAAGUCAUUUUAUGCAGCCGUGUCUGGGUCGUUCGCUCUACCCCCGCCACACUCCAGCUUCUAUGCCUUUCCUUGUCUCAACCCGCCAAAAGUUGCCUUCGAAAUUGGUAACCAGAAAUUUCCUUUCGCUCAUGGUCCAAGAGGGCAAUUUUCAGAUUGGAAAGGCCAGCGAGCGGGUAAGUCUUACUUGCCCCAGAGUUUGAUGAGGAAGAGCACUCGAGUCUCGGCCUCUGUCACAAAGCAAGCCGGGAAAGGCUAA